CGUUGCGCCGGUUGGGGAGGAUGGAAAAGGCUCCGCGCUGCGGGGUGGCCGUGGUGCUUGGUCGGGACUCCCCAAUCCCUGCUCCCCAUUGCCCUCAUGGCCCAACUCUUCUAUUUGCAAAGAUUCUUCAAGGGAAAGAAGGGAGAAGAUUUUAUGCUUGUUCUGCGUGUAGAGAAAGAAAAGACUGUAACUUUUUUCAGUGGGAAAAUGAAAAGGUGUCAGAAGCUAGACUUUCAGCACGGGAAAAAUACAACCAAAGUCACCGUCCCUCUUUCUCACAUGCAGACAAUGUGGAAAGGUACAAGGAGUUUGUCACCUUGCCGCUAUCGGAAAGAAAGUUUUGCAGAGAAUGCCAACAGCUGCUCUUACCACCGGAGUGGGGAAGACACUAUGGCCAUCAGGUGCUCAACAGUGUCUCUCUUGCCCAGCUAAAAAGACCUAGCCAACUCCUCAGCCCUCUGGAGAAUAAGAAGACAAAUGCACAAUAUCUGUUUACUGAUAGAAGUUGUCGGUUCUUGCUGGAUCUAAUUGUUGCGCAGGGAUUCAAAAGGGUGCUUUGUGUUGGCACCCCAAGGCUUCACGAGUUGAUCAAAUCCCAAGCAUCAAAUGAACAGAAGAUCUCCGUUAAGAGCCUCUUGUUAGAUAUUGAUUUCAGGUAUUCCCAGUUUUAUACAGAAGAAGACUUCUGCCACUAUAACAUGUUUAACCAUUACUUCUUUGCUGGAGAGGCAGCUUAUGAAAUAUGUCAGAAAUUCUUGCAACAAGAUGAAGGCAAAGAUGUCGUCAUGGUGGCUGAUCCUCCGUUUGGAGGCUUGGUUGAAGCAUUGGCUUUUAGUUUCAAAAAGCUGGUUGCAAUGUGGAGGCAAACUGGAGGUGAAGAUCCUGACAGCAAUACGUUACCUAUACUUUGGAUAUUUCCAUACUUCUUUGAGUCACGCAUUCUUGAAUUUUUCCCAAAUUUCUGUAUGUUGGAUUAUCAGGUGGACUAUGACAAUCAUGCCCUCUAUAAGCAUGGGAAGACCGGUCGCAAACAGUCUCCCGUCCGUAUGUUUACCAACCUUUCACCACAAUUAAUAGCGCUUCCUGUAGAAGAAGGAUACAGGUUUUGCCCUGUCUGCCAGCGCUACGUCAGCUUAGACAACCAACACUGUGAAGCCUGCAAUUCAUGUACAUCCAAAGAUGGGAGACGGUGGACACAUUGUUAUCUGUGCAAAAAAUGCGUAAAACCCUCAUGGAUUCACUGCAGCGUUUGCGAUCGCUGUGCUCUUCCUAGUCACUCCUGUAAGGACACUGAUGCGGGAUGCUUUAUUUGUGGAGCAAGAGACCAUAAACGCAACACUUGCCCUAAUCUGCACGUGGCUAAGAGAAGUUACCAAGGUGCCCAAAAGGCAAGGCAAAAGAAGAACAAGGCAAAAGCGAAAGUUAUGAAGAAAACUGGUGGAAAGAAGGCAAGAACUUCAAGACAAAGAAAGAGCAAGAAAUAGAAAAGUGCACCCAAUUUCAGUGUUCGCAGCGUUCCUCCAUCCACAGUUUGCCGGAUAUUCAUCUGGGUAUUGACAAUUGGACUGAAUGGCAACAUUGAAUAGUAAAUGAAAAUGUCACAAAUUUAGGUUCAACAAAACAGGCUAGCCAAACUCCUGCUGAACAUAUGUGAAAAGCCAGCCAAUAUUAUAAACUCUUCAAUAUAAUGCAGACAUGCUUUGAAGAAUGCAAAACCAAUGGGAUUUAUUUUAUAAAUGUUAAUAUAUUUUUUGUAAAAAGAAAAAAGAACUGACUCGCUAAUGA